AUGCUUUCCAUCAAAGGCAAGGACAGAGAAAAUAUUCAAGAUGGUGGAAGAGAUAAGAUGAAUAGGAAAGUGAUAGUUUUCAGUGCAAGUUAUAAUGGUAUCUACUAUGAAAAUACUCAAACAAUUAACGGAAAUAUUAAAAUGUUUCGAUCGAAGGAGCUUGAACGUUCCGUCAUGCCGUUAAUUAUCAUUAAUUCAAUUGUUUGUACCGGUCUAUUCGAAUAUUUCGUUGAUCGAACAAUCCGUACGAUUGGUUUUGCUUAUGCCAUUUGUUGUUUUUGUUUCUAUAAUUUCUUAUUUUUUACGUUGAGAAAUAUAGUUGGUAAUUUUAUGUUAUGUCACGGAACAGAAUUGAUGAAAAUAAUUACCUUAUUGCAAUUGUUUUAUAAUCCUUUUAUCUAUAACAUAAUAAUUUUAAGCGGUUUUACGAGAGGACAGAAUACAAAAUUGUUCAUAGAACAAAUAGAAUCCUGUACACGAGGAAUGGAUGAACUGAACAUUUCGGAAAAUUACUCUUCAUUUUUUCGAUAUCUAUGUAUCGCAGAUGUAUUGUUAAUUUUUAUAAUAUCAAGUUUAUGUGCGGCCGAAGCAAGUCAAGGUUUAAAUUUAUUACAAAAUAAUUUAGCAAUUACUAAACUAUAUCAAAUGACCAUAAGUAGAUAUAUAAAAAGUAAAUUUGGUGAAUUAAAUGCUGUACUUCAAAGUAUGGUGACAACAACUAUCGAUUCUCCACAACAUAAAAGAGUUCUUCGAAUGGAGGACAAUUGGGAAGAUGAUUCUUCGUUAUCUACUGUUUAUCGAAUGUACAAAAUGAAUGAAAACCUUGUAAAAUUAAAAAGAAUCAAACAAAUUUAUUUGGAAUUGAUAAAAUGUGCCAGAAUCAUAAAUGAGGCUUAUGGGUUACAAAUUUUAGUAUCCACAUUUUCAUACAUCGUAUUUAUAACGACUGUGUUAUACCAUCUAUACGUUAUCUCAAUGACAAACAAUUAUGACAAUUGGAUAAAUCAGUUAUAUGUGCAUUUAUUUUGGAUCUUUUGUUUUAGCGUCAUGAUUUUCGCGAAAACUAAUAUAUGUGAAACAACGAUUACAGAAAUUCGUGAUUUUAUGUUUCAAUUAAUCCACAAUCAUUUAAAUUUUACCGCUUGCGGAUUUUACGAUCUAAAUCAUACAUUUAUAUACGGCAUGGUUGGUUCGAUUACUACCUACCUUGUUAUACUUAUUCAAGUUGGAGGUGAACCUAAAGUAUUCUAUAAUAUUACGACUUAUAAUUCAACGUUGACGAAAUAA